UGAGUGGAGACCAGUGGAGGGAUUGGCAGAGAGGGGUGGAGGACAUUGAGUGGAGGCCAGUGGAGGGAUUGGCAGAGAGGGGUGGAGGACACUGAAUGGAGGCCAGUGGAGGGAUUGGCAGAGAGGGGUGAAGGAUACUGAAUGGAGACCAGUGGAGGGAUUGGCAGAGAGGGGUGGAGGACACUGAAUAGAGGUCGAUGGAGGGAUUGGCAGAGAGGGGUGGCAGAUACAGAACGGUUAGUAAGGUGGAGGAGUCGGACAAUGAGGAUGGAGUUACAAUAGUCAAGGCGAGAGAUAACCACGGGCUGGGGGGAAUACUAAGAGCUCAGUAUUGGAAAUAUUGAGUUUG